UGAAAGAACUGAAGGUUACUAAGCUAGGUUACAUUGAAAAGUAUCACAUAAAAAUUACAAUGAAUUCCAAGACUAAGUGAUAGUUUUAAAAUCUACAUUUUAUGUUUACUCUUGGUUUCGGUUAAUGAACAACCACGAAACUGGCACUCACUGAAUUUAUUUAUGUACAGCGUUAGUCUCAGCAAUUCGAGUCGUUACUCAGUUCAGUUGCAAUCGUUGGUCACUUCGGAAGUAACGCUGUAGCUUUUGAACCUAGUGAUAGUGAUUGAUUGGUUAAACUUGUUCGCAAUACCUUUUGGCUUCUCAUGUUUGCUAUCUAUUUAUUGCUUCUCCAAACUACUCAGGAAGUGAAUGAUUGAAAAUGACUAAAGGAUCCCAACAGAAACAGCAGCAGCACCACUACGAUCAGUAAACGAAAAAAUCAACGAUAAGCAGGGCACGCACUCUUUACUUUCAUUUUUAUGAACAGAUGCGCUGUCGAUUGUGUGCACUGGUGAUCCUGUUGCAGUUUGUUGUAACAAUAUCAGCCAGAGAGAAACGGAAAUGUAUCGGCGGACUUUGUAUCCCACCAGAAUUAUGCCGACCCGUCAAUACCAACGUAUACGACGAAAUCCAUCUGGAAUUCUUCAGUUUCGAUCGUUCCAGCUCCAACGAGUGCCGACGCGGAAAUCUAAAAUGUUGUCCAUAUGAGCGGAUUGUACGAGCACCGGAGACCGAGGCGCCAGAUGAAAAUGAGAUGGUGUGCGCUGCGAGAAACAACAACGGGGUUGGCAACUUCAUUUACCACGACAAAUCGAAGGCUAAAUACGGUGAAUUUCCCUGGAUGGCUUUCGUUUACACAGUACAAGCUGAGUAUGAAAUCUAUCUCUGUGGUGGAACACUUAUUCAGUCCAAAGUUGUGCUUACGAUUGCCCAUUGCGUUGAAGGUAAACAUCCAGAUCAGCUGCGCGUGCGUUUUGGCGAGUGGGAUUUGGAGGAUAUGAUCGAAAUUUAUCCACCACAGGACCGAGCCGUGCACAAAAUGGUAAUCCAUCCACACUUUUACGGUGAAUUAUUGCAGAAUGACAUUGCCAUACUGUUCAUCGAUGAUCAUGUUUGGUUUACCGAAGUCGUCGGAGCGGUGUGCAUGCCACCGCAAAAUUCCAAUUUUGACGAUAAACGGUGUGUUUUUUCCGGCUGGGGUGAGGAUGUCAACGGUCGAAAUUCAUCGAUUCUUAAACGAACAAAAUUACCCAUAGUCCCUAGAGGCCAGUGUCAAAAGGCUUUACGUAAGCAACUUAAUGAUCGGUAUUUUCAACUACACGAAGGUUUUCUUUGUGCUGGAGGGGAAUCCGGCAAAGAUGCCUGUAAAGGUGAUGGAGGUUCGCCGCUUGUUUGCAGGAUACCAAACUCAGAAAAUCAGUACUACCUCGUGGGAAUAGUAGCAUUCGGAGCAGAGUGCGGGGCGCACGGGGUGCCUGGAGUGUAUGUAAAUGUUCCUUACUAUCGUGAUUGGAUUGACGGAGAGAUUUCAAGAAUGUAUCACGUCGACAUAUUUGUGAACUGAACGGUAAUUAAACACUAGAUAUCAUAUUUCAGAGUGUUUAUGAGUUUAAAUGCUCAGACUGAUGCUGACGUGGAAGGUCUAACGUUGUCAACUAAAAUGGAUUAAUAAAAUUAGUUGAAUCAAUCAAAAUAAUUGAAAAGAUAUUCCUAACUUUUAUAAUAAACUCAAUAAAACGCAUUUAUGUUUAUCAGUAAGCAAUACUAUUCGCGUUAUGUUUUUUACGUCAAUAAAUAAAAUUAAGUAGGGAAG